CUUUAGCAACAAAAUGGCGGAGUUCCAGCGCCUGGGGGUCCGCAAGUUCCCUAAAAUCGCUACUCGUCAGACAAGCGAAACAAGAUAUUGGAAAAAACUUAGCUUUCCCAUUAUCGUCAAGGAGUACGGUACAGUUAGCCACGUGGAUUUCUGUAGAUCAAAGCCCCACGAUUUUAUCGCUACUUGCUCGUCACGUAUCCAAAUUUACAGUUCCAGCACAAACCAAGUCAACAAAUCAUUCUCAAAUUUUAAGGAAAAAGUUUACUGUGGUAGUUUUCGUAAUGAUGGGAAAUUGAUAGUUGCUGGAAGAGAGAAUGGCUCAGUGCAGCUAUUUGAUGUCAACAGUAGAGCUGUUUUGAGAGAAUUUAAGGGGCAUACUAGCUCAGUUCAGGUUACCAAGUUUAUGUUGGACAACUUGCAUGUGAUGUCUGGCUCUGAUGAUCGGUCUGUAGUCUGUUGGGAUAUAGCAACUGGGCAAAGUAUAACAACAUUUAAGGAACAUGAGGAUUAUGUACGCUGUGGUGUUUCUAGCCAGAGCAGUAAGGACCUCUUUGUUACAGGUGCCUAUGACCACUGGCUCAAGGUAUGGGAUGCACGCAGCCAGGGUAGUGUUUUAUCUAUGGAUCAUGGCUCUCCAGUGGAAAGUGUACAGAUCUUUCCAACAGGUGGAAUAUGUGUGUCAGCUGGUUCUAACAUCAUCAAAGUUUGGGAUAUAUUAGGAGGUGGAAGACUCCUAGCAGGAUUCUCAAACCACCAGAAAACCAUUACAUCUAUUUGCUUUGAUGGAGAUUAUAGACGUCUGUUGUCUGCAUCGCUAGACAGGCAUGUUAAAAUUUACGAUAUUCAAGAUUAUACAGUUGUUCACAGCAUGGAUUAUCCAUCACCUAUCCUUAGCCUUGCUGUUUCACCUGGCAAUACACAUGUCGUGACUGGUAUGGCAAAUGGGUACCUGUCCAUAAAAUAUCGAAUAAAACAAGAAGUGCAAGAUGAAGUCCAAACAGCCAAGAAGCUAACAGCUGGAACGUAUCGUUACUUCGUACGUGGCAAAAAAUUCCAGCCUGAUAAGGGAGAUUUUGUUGUGUCAGCACAAAGGAAACACAAGUUGAAGGAACAUGACCAAUUGUUAAAAACGUUUCAGUACUCAAAGGCUCUUGAUUCCGUUCUGAGGAAGCCUUCCUAUUGUCGCACUCCACUUCUUGUCAGUCUUCUCCAAGAGUUAAUACGGCGAAAGGGUCUGAAGAGAGCACUGGCGGGGAGGGAUGAGGAUGGCUUGGUUCCUAUUCUAGAGUUCAUCACAAGAUAUGUUAGUAAUCCGCGGUAUACAGUUCUUCUUAUCGAUGUCACAAAUGCAGUUCUUGAUAUCUACGGACCUGUGUUUGGUCAGUCGGCAAAAGUGGAUCAACUAUUCUCCAGGUUAAAAGACAAGAUUGGCAGUGAAAUUCAUUUCCAGCAGAAAUCUUUCGAGUUGCUUGGAAGUUUAGAUAUUUUGUUUGCAGCAGCCAUUUCUACUUCAUCAUUUACAACCGAUCUAGACGAAGGAGAGUAACCAUCAUAUGCCUACCAGUACCUAAAUGAAUGAGGAGACCUGCAGGCGAAUACCCAAAAACACGUAAAUGUUAAGAGAGCUUAUAGGAACACACGCCUUAUGUAAAUUAUUGUACAGAAACUAUUUUAUUAAAAUUGUCAGUGAAAAAAAAAAAAGAAAGGAAAAACGCACCUAAAACAAAACAAAAAAAAUUAUAAUAAAAGAAACCAUUCUCUUGACGAAUAUGUUGAAUUACGUUAGAAUAUUUAACAGACUGACUGACUGAGAUAACGGUAACUUCACAAUCAUUUCAGUUCGAUCUGUUGCUCUUACAAAAUGUAAUUCUUUCCAAAUGUUCACUUUGAUAGCAAAGUAAAACGAACUGUAAAAAUUUGAAAUUAAUUUAACUUAAACUUCUGUUCCCUCGCUCACCCUCCCCGCUUUCCUGGCUCUAACCUAUCUAAUCGCAUCGUUUUAGCUUUUAUUGUGUAUGUAGAGCCCCCCUGAAAUCCGCCUUGGCGAGUUGGGUUCCCUUAGAUAUUAUUACGGUUUUCUUUAUUAUUACUGAUAUAUGUAGGAAGCCACAAAAUCAAAUCGUACAUCGGAAUUGAUUGAUGUACUGUAGAAAAAAGUACGAGUUGUCAAUUUUAAAAACUUCAGGAUUCAGUUUCGAAUCGUUCAAAGUGUCUUGUAAUUCAUCCACUAAAAUGGACUGCACACUUGUUUCCUCUUUCCGCUGUCCCCUAAAAUUGACUAGUUCGAGGGUUAAGGCUCACACCUACCAUAGAUAACAGGGGCAGCUUACAAUUUUUAGUUCUCUUGAUUGCGUGAACUUUUAAGCAAGUAUUUAUUUGAGGAGAAAUCGCGCUGGAAUUUUUCAAAUUGUCAGCGAUGUUUAUUUUAUAGUACUUGCUAGGGCAGAAACCAAAGCGUGGCUUUCUGCCCACUUUCAGCCAAACUACAAGAAAGACAUGAACGGCAAGGUUUAUACAUUCAACUUUGAAUUAAUAAAGA